AUGGUAUUGACUCUACUGAUUAGUCAAUGUUCAAGUCAAACUGGUUUCCCAAAACAAUUUCAAGCUAUAUUGAAUGUAACUGCAUUACAACAAUAUCCACUACCAUCUCUAGGCUUUCAAUACUUAUUGUAUGAUUACACAAAUUUGAGAGUUCGUUUUGAUAUCAAAGGUUGGCAAUCGAAACAAAAUGAAACCUAUAUGGUUCAAUACAAACCCAAAGGUGCUGAAGCAAAUACACCAGCUUCAGAGGGUUAUACAAUGUUUAACUGUAAUCCUGAUUAUCCAGAACGAACAAAAAAUAAUUGUUGGUAUAGAACAAAUCCAAUGAAAGAUGCAGGUCCAUUUCCAAUUACAUGGUUUGGUGAUAUUUUAAGUCUCCGUGAAAUUCAACCAUGGUUUCCACUACCAUCAAAUUUGAUCAAUAAAGGUGAAGAAUGGAUACCAGAAAUUCAAGGUUAUGCAGUGAGAUAUGAUUCACCAGAAAUAUGUGAUUUAAGAAAAUCUGGAAUUGGUCCAGUGCCUUGUUUAAGCUAUUUUGAAGCACCAAAUAGACCAGUAAAAACUAUUGAAGCCCAUGUUGGUCGAGGAGCCUAUGAUUAUGAUGACCUUUUAACUACAGUAUAUUUGUCAUUUACAAAUGGUAUUCCAUCAGAAGCUGAACAUUUGUUCGAUUUACCUGAUAAGUGGCCUGGCUAUUGUGGAAAUGCAAAUACGGGAUUCAAUGUAGACCCUUCUCGCACAUUUGUGGUUACUCCUGAUGGUCAAGAUCAUUUUAAAUUAACGUUACAAACUCCACCAGUUUAUGCACCCAGUGAUCAAGUUAAAGUUGAAUUUAAGGUACAACCAAAUUAUUUCUACAAUGGUACACGAUGUGCUGAAUUUAGUCCAGUUAUUUUUGAUAAAACAAAUUGGAAAACACCACAACAGAUUAACAUAUCAUUUGCUGAUUAUGGUUGUUGUUCAUACCAAAUUACUGCAACCGGUGGUGGAUACGAUUGGUAUUAUAUAACACCAUCGAUUGUUGUUUAUGCCUGUGAUGGAAAAGCCGGGGAUGCUUGUAAAGGCAAAAUAACAUGUGGAUUGUGA